CGCGAAAACAACGGCUGUCGGUGCAAACGCUCCAGUUCUUCGGUAAUAUUCCUCCCUAUUUUCGCUUCGCGUCCUCCUCCGUCGUUUUUUCGUCUGGCCUCCCAGGCUUCUUGCUGUCUCGGUCUCUCCUCGGCGCCGUCAACCGCUCUCGCAAUUUUAUUCGCUACGUUUUUCAACGGCUGACGCUUUCCGCGAAGACGUCUUGUUUCCGUUUCUGCUGGAAUUUUCUUCUCCACAGUCUCUCCAUCUGCUCCUUUCCUCCCUCGCCCUCUUCUCCUACUCAAGCGCCUCUCCUUUUUCUCUUUUUUCCAGCUCUCUCCGUCUGUCGAUCUAUCGUUGUGUCUCUCUCUUUCUUUCUCUUUUUCUCUCCUUCUCUCUCUUUCUCUCUGUCUUCUCUCCGGUCGUCUGUCGCUGUUCGUUCUUCCCGUUCCUCCGUCUGCCGCGGGGUCCGCGCGGCUGGCUCUGCCUGCCCGAGUUCCUCUCGUCUUGUUCUUUACUUUUUCAGAGAUGGUGAGGCACAUGUUUCUGCCGUUCUACUCGAAAGAGCGAGGACCCCCGCGCAUUCGCAUGCAAGUUGCGGGAGUGAAAGGAAAGCGGUUUUACAAGAUCGUCGCUGCCAAUCAGAGAGACCCUCGAGACGGAAAGCACAUGGAGGUGCUCGGCAGCUACGCGCCGUGUACGCCUUCUGGGGUCGAAGAGCUCCGUCUGCGCUUUUCGCGAAUCAAAUUUUGGUUGGCCGCAGGCGCAGCGUUCAACUCCAAGAUGGGAGGCCUGCUGGGGAAUGCGGGACUCGUUCCGCUUCCGCCUCCGAUGUUCGGCUGGCGCACAAAGGCGCGGUACACUCUCCUCGAGAGCGUCAUGCAGAAGCAAGAGAAACUGAGAGAGAAUCAACUGCGAGAGUACUUCAAGACAGCAGAACCUGUGGUCUACAGACAAGUCUCGGAGGAUCGUGACGAUGUAGAGCAAGAAGGCGAGAAGAAGGAAGAACGGAUCCGUAAAAUUCUAAGGUAGAAGACUCGACGCUCGCUUUCAAAUUCGUCUCUCUCCCUCUCUGUCUUCCGCGGUCCUUGUCUGGUUAUCGAUUUUCCAGGUCUCCUCAAAGGUCCUUCCUCGCUGCAUGCCAGCGAAGUUUUGUGCCUCGCCUCGACUGUCUGAAUUUCCUUGCUUUUUUCAAUUUCAGUCCGCUUCUGGGGAAACCUGGAACUCUCCGGGGACAAGCGACAAGAACGCUCAAGGUCUUGCGACUCUGCUUAAGCAACACAGAAAGCCUUUAAAGGGCAUGCAAAGUCGAAACCCCACACAGCGAGGUGGUGGUCUAGCGCCUUCUUCUCCCUACAAAACACGGCUUCACGUACCACAAGCAUAUUUACAUAUAAAUUUAUAUAUAGAUAUUUAUAUAUAUUUGCAUUUAUAUACAUAUAUAUAUAUAUAUACAUAUACGUUUAUCCAUAUAUUCUCAAGAAGUUUAUUCU